GUAUUCUUAUAAUAAAGUAAGCUAGAAAAAGAAAUGCCAUUAAGAAAAUCAUAAGGAUAAGAAAAUACAUUUAUAGUACUGUACUGUAUUUAUCAAAAAAGAUCUGUGUAUGAGAGGACGUGCACAGUUCAAUCCCUUGUUGUUUGAGGGUCAACUGUAUUCUUUGUUUUUGCACUUGCACAUUUACAUCAGGUAGAGUCUUUUUUAACUGGUUUCUUCAGAGACUUGACUUCAAUACACAUGACUGAGGACAAUUCUUAUAAAGGAGAAUGCUGUGUGGAUAACAAAGUUUUCUUUUUCUCCCCUUAACUGUGUUCUCAAGACCAUAUUCUGUAACAGUUGGAGAGGAUUUUUUUUUUUUUAACACUUUGAAGGUGGGAAGAAUCACUUUUGGCUUGAGUUUCCAUCUCAGGGAGUCAUUUCCUAUUUCCUGGUUAGUGUCCUAGCAGAAAAGGAAUCAUUCUUCAUGCAGUGCCAUGGUACUUUCUAUGUAACUCUAUUAAAUGUUGCCUGGCCUCAGUAGUUCAUGGGCAUUACUGUUUUUCCAUCUCACACCCAGUGUACAUGUGUUAUAUAAACCUGGGCAAAACAGAGAUGAUAUUUGGAAUACACUAUACAAAUAGCAUAAGGAUAUUAAAGACGUUACCUUUAGGGCUCAAAAAGAAGCAGCAGUUUUCAUUUUGAUACAGGAAUGAGACUGAGUAUUUUGCCCACAAUGGAUUUGUGAAUGGAUUCUGUGAAGUUCCACAGGCAGAAGAGAGUCACACAAGUGCAAAUUAUUGCAUUAACACAAUGGAACCACCUAAAGGUUGGGAGAUCUCUUGCUGUUUUCCUGCCCCAGGUGCCUUCUUAUGAAGAAAGACAUACUGGGUAAUUCAACCUCAGAGUGUGUUGCUUAAAUCCUUAAGUGACCUAAUCAUCAGGUUACCCUCCCUAAACAGGUCUCCCUCACUGAUUUAAUUGACUGGACCUAAUUAUAGAACUUCACAUUUUUCUUAGAUGCAUUUCAUUUUGAAUUUAUCCCAUCAUGAUAAACUCUCUUUUUAAUGUUUAUUUUAUUUUUGAGAGAGACAGAGCUUGAGGAGGGGAGGUGCAGAAAGAGAGAGGGAGACAGAAUCUGAAGCAGGUUCUCUCUGAGCUGUCAGCACAGAGUCUGAUGCGGGGCUCAAACCCACAAACUGUGAGAUCAUGAUCUGAGCUGAAGUCCGAUGCUUAACUGACUGAGCCACCCAGGCACGCAUCAUGAUCUUUUAAAAUAUAUCCUGUCAUUCAUAUAAUCAGAAUUAAUACUAUUAAUAUGUCAUGAUAUUAUGGUUGUAUUUUUUAAUUGAAAUUGUGUUGAGGAAAUUCUAGAUUCACAUUCAGUUUUAAGAAAUAACAUAGGGAUUGGGGCACCUGGGUAGCUCAGUCAGUUGAGUGUCAGACUCUUGAUUUCGGCUCAGGUCAUGAUCUCACAGUCGUGAGGUGGAGCCUGUGUUGGGCUCUGCACUGACAACUUGGCCUGCUUUGGAUUCUCUCUCUUCCUCUAGCUCUGCCCCUCCCCCGCUCACAUGAGAAUGCACACAUGUGUUCUCUCUCUCUCUCAAAAUAAAUAAAUAAACUUAAAAAUAAAAGAAAUAAUACAGGGACCCCAGUUUCCCCCAGUGGUAUUUUGGAGAACGGUAGCAUAAUAUCACAACCAGUAUGUUGACAUCAUUGAUACAAUUCUGUCUUGUUCUGAUUUCUCCAGUUUUUUUUUUUUUUAACGUUUUUAUUUAUUUUUGAGACAGAGAAUGAAUGGGGGAGGGUCAGAGAGAGGGAGACACAGAAUUGAAACAGGCUCGGGGCUCUGAGCUGUCAGCACAGGGGCCCGAUGCGGGGCUCGAACUCACGGACCGCGAGAUCGUGACCUGAGCCGAAGUCGGCGCUCAACCGACUGAACCACCCAGGCGCCCCAGAUUUCUCCAGUUUUACUUGUACACAUUAGUUUAUGUGUGUGUGGACAAGUGUGUGUAUACGUUUGUGUGUUUGCAACCACAGUCAGCAUACUGAAGAGUUCAGACAUCACAAUGAUACCUCCUGUUGCCUUUUUAUAACUAUACCCAGCUCCCUCUUACCACCCUCACUUCCCCACUGUUUCUAACCUCUGGCAACCACUAAUCUGUUCUCCAUUUCUAAAAUUUUAUAAUUUCAAAAUGUUAUAUAAAUAGAAUCAUACAGUAUGUAACUUUUUGGGAUUGGCUUUUUUUAUUCAGCAAAGUUCCCUGGAGAUUCCUAAGUUGUUUUGUGUGUCACUAAUUGGUUCCUUUUAGUAUUCUAUGGAUGGAUAUUCUAUAAUUUGUUUAACCAUUCAGCUCUUGAAGGACAUAUAGGUUGAUUCCAGUUUGUCUAUGGACAUUGUGUACAGAUCUUUUGUGAUAGAAGUUUUAAUUUCUUUGGGAUAAAUGCCCAAGAGUACAAUUGCUGGGUUGUAUAGUAAUUAUAAGUUUAGUUUUACAAGAAACUGCUAAUGUAUUUUCCAGAAUGGCAAAUACCAUUUUACAUUACCACCAGCAAUAUAUGAGUGAUCCACUUUCUCUGCAUCCUCACCAGGAUUUGGUUUUGUCUUUUUUUUUUUAAUUAUUUAUUUUAUUUUAGCCAUCUGGAUAACUGUGUGUUGCUAUUUCAUUGUGGUUUUAACUUGCAUUUUCCUAAUAGCAAAUGGUGUUGAACAUCUGUUCAUGUACAUAUUUUCCAUCUGUACAUUCUCUUCAGUGACAUGUCUCUUCAUGUCUUUUGCCCAUUUUCUAAUUAUUUGCUUUUCUACUGUUGAUUUUUAAUAGUUCUUUACAUGUUCUAGACAUGAGUCCUUUGUGAGAUAGGUAGUUUUCUAAUAUUUUCUCCCAUUCUGUAGCUUUUCUCCUCCUUCUCUUAAUAGGUUCUUUUGCAGAGCAAAAGAUUUUAAUCUUGGGGCCUGGGUGGCUCAGUUGGUUAAGUGUCUGACUUUAACUCAAGUCAUGAUCUCACAGUUUGUGAGUUUGUGCCCUGCAUUGGGCUCUCUGCUGUCAGCACAGAGUCUGCUUCAGAUCCUCUCUCCCCCACCCUGCCCCCUGCCCUGCCUCUCUCCUGCUCAUUCUUGCUGUCUCGCUCUCAAAAUCAGUCAAUAAAUAAAUAAACCAAAAAAAAAAGAUUUUAAUUUUGAUGAUGCUCAGCUAUAAAUUUUUCCUUUUAUGAAUCUAGGUUUUGGUGUCAAGAGUAAGAACUCUUUGCCUAGCCCUGAAAAUUUUCUCCUUUGUUUUUUCUUAAAAGUUUUAGAGUCUACAUUUUACAUUCAGUCUAUCCUUUUUUUUGAGAGAGUGCAUGUACAUGCGUGUGUGAGAGGGGGAGGGGCAGAGGGAGAGGGAGAGGAAAAUCUUCAACAGGCUCCAAUCCUAGCACAGAGCCCUACGAGGUUCAAUCUCACCAUCUGUGAGAUCAUGACCUGAGCCGAAAUCAAGAGUCUGAUGUCCAACCAACUGAGCCACCCAGGUACCCCUCUAUGGUCCAUCUGAGUUCAUUUUAAAAUAAGGUGCAGGGUUUAGGUUGAGAUGUAUUAUUAUUAUUUGCCUUGCAGAUGUCCUAUUGCUUUAGUAUUGUUUGUUGAAAUGGCUAUUCAUCUUCUAUUGAAUUACUUUUGUGCCUUUGCCAAAAAUCAGUUGAGUAUAUUUGUGUGGGUCUAUUUCUGGGAUCUCUAUUUUGUUUCAUUGAUCUAUGUGUCUUUUUUUUUUUUUUUUUUUGGCCAAUACCACACAAUCUCAAUUACUAUAAGUCUUGAAAUUGGGUAGAUUUAUUCCCUCAUUUUAUUCUUCUUCAAAAUUGUUUUCUUAUAUAUUUGAGAUAAAGCUUAUCUCUAUCUACAAAAAUCCUUGAUGGGCUUUGAUAGGAAUUACAUUAAAUCUGUAUAUGAACUUGGGGAAAAUUACCAUUUUAAUUAUGUUGAAUUGUCCAGUCCUUUAACACAGUAUGUGUCUCCAUUUAUUUAGUUUGGCCUUGAAAUCCUUGACCAGCAUUGUGGAGUUUUCUCUCUACAAAUCCUAGAUAUGUUCUAUACCUAAGAUUUAUUACUAUUUCAUUUUUUUGAGUGAUUGUAAAUAGCAUUUUUAAUUUUGGUAUAUAAAUGUUCAUUGCUAAUAUAUAGAAAUACAAUUAAUUUUUUAUGUUUAUCUUGUAUCCUAUAAUAAUAUUUGUUGAACUCAGUUAUUAGUUGUAAGAGGUUUUUGUUUUUGUUUUUGCAGAUUCUGUGGGAUCUUCUCUUUUUUUAAGACUUUAUUUUAUUUUUAUUUUUUUUCAAGUGUAUUUAUUUUGAGAGAGAGAGAGUGCCUAAGUUGGGGAGGGACAGAUUGAGAGAGAGAGAGAAAGAGAAUCCCAAGCAGGCUUGGUAGUGUCAGCACAGAGCCCAGUGUGGGGCUUGAAGCCACAAACUGCAAGAUCAUGACCUGAGCCAAAGUCAGAUGCUUAACCAACUGAGUCACCAAGGCGCCCCUUUAUUUUUUUAAAGUAUUCUCCACACCCAAUGUGGGGCUCACCCUCACAAUCCUGAGAUCAAGAGUCGCAUGCUCUACUGACUGAUCCAGCCAGACACCCUCAUUCCAUGGGAAUUUCUACAUAGCCUAUCAUGUCAUCUGCAAACAGGGAGAGUUUUAUUACUUCCUUUCCAAUCUGUAAUGCCUUUUACUUCUUUUGUUUGAUUCAUGACAGUUGCUAGAACUUUCAGUAUUAUGUUGAAUAAAAGUGGUGAUUUCAACUACAUGGUUGGAACUCAAGGGUAUUAUGCUAAGUGAAAUUAGUCAGAGAAAGACAAAUAUCAUAUGCCUUCACUCAUAUGAAGACUUUAAGUCACAGAAAAGAUGAGCAUAAGGGAAGGGAAGCAAAAAUAAUAUAAAAACAGGGAGGGAGACAAAACAUAAGAGGCUCUUAAAUAUGGAGAACAAACAGAGGAUUACUAGAGGGGUUGAGGAAGGGAGGAUGGGCUAAAUGGGUAAGGGGCAUUAAGGAAUCUACUCCUGAAAUCAUUAUUGCACUAUGUGCUAACUAACUUGGAUGUAAAUUAAAAAAAAAAAAAAAAAGUGGUGAGAAUGAACAUCCUUGCCUUGUUCUUGAUUUUAGGGGGAAAACAUUGAAGUCUUUCACCAUUAAGUAAGGUAUUAUGAGUAGGUUUUUUGUAGAUGGUCUUUAUCAAAUUGAGAUAACUCCCUGCUGUUCUUUUUUUUUUUUUUUAACGUUUUUAAAUUUAUGUUUGAGAGAGAGAGAGAGACAGAGCAUGAGUGGAGGAGGGGCAGAGAAAGAGGAAGACACAGAAGCCUAAGCAGCCUCCAGGCUCUAAGCUGACAGCACAGAGCCUGACAUGGGGCUUGAACUCACGAACUGCAAGAUUAUGACUUGAGAUCAUGACUUGAGCCAAAGUUGGAUGAUUGAGCCACCCAGGCGCCCCUUCCUGCUGUUCUUAACAUGAAGAGAGAUGUCUUCUUUUUAAAAUCAUGAAUGAGUGUUAGAUAUUAUGAGUACUUUUUCUGUGUCAAUUGAUAUGACUGUAGGAUUUUUCUUCUUUAGCUUUUUGAUAUGGUGGAUUACAUUAAUUGAUUUUCAAAUGUUGAACUAGCCUUGCAUACCUGGAAUAAAUUCCACUUUGUUAUGGUGUAUAAUCUUUUUUAUACAUUAUUGAGUUGGGAUUGCUAGUAUUUUGUUCAAGAUUUUUGCAUCUAAGUGCAUGAGAUAUAUUGUUCUGUUGGUUUUUGUUUUUGUUUUUAAAAUAUAUACUAUCUUUGAUUUUGGUUUCAGGGUAAUACUGGCUUCAUAAAAUAAGUUGGAAAGUUCUUUUAUUUUGUGGGAAGAGGUCGUAUAAAAUUGGUGUUAAUUAAAAAAAAAUUUGGUAGUGUUCUCCAGGGAAACCAUUGCCUGGAGAUUUCAGUUUUGAGAGUCUUAAAGUUAUGAAUUAUAGCUGUAUAUUUACAUAGCUAUGUGAUACCUAUAUAUCUGACUAGAGAAAUAUUUUGAAUACUUUAGCAGAGGAAGGAUGUCAGAGAGAACCAUGCCCCACCCUCUUGUGCCACCCCACUGCAGCUGGCUCUUUUUCUUUUCAUCCCUGGGGUGAUUGCAAAAUUGAGUGGGGAGGGUAAGAGGCCUUCCUGUGGGUACCCCAGGUGUUUCCUUGCAGGGCAGGUCGUGGAUGCCAAGAGUAGGAUGGAGGUGUAUCACUGGGAUCCUACAUUAGAGAAGCAAGGGCAUCAGCCCCCCUUCCCCUCAUGGUCACAGGGCUUGAUAAUGAACAACAGGUGCCAAUCUGGACACAAGCACAGAGAUGAAAAGGCCCCUGGUGAGGGCCCCAGUUCCCCCCACACUGUGCUACUGAUGUUAUCACUGUGGUUGUAACAGCAAAGGGAGGCAGGUGUUAGGGACUAAAAGAGAGGCGUGUCAAAGUGGGAGGAGAAGAACCACAGCAGAAGAUCCAGACUGCACCCUUGGCUGCAUGCAGGGAUGAAUCCCAGGACUGCCCACCUCCUUAGGAGUGCAGCUUCAGUUUCACAGGUCUCUUUGAUUCUGUGUGAAAACCAUAGACCCACUGUGUGCACACCCUGGGCACACCACACACCUGUGUGAGCAGAUGAUUGUGUCCCAGCUGCCUCAGGGGCCUGCAGUCUGCCUGGAGUGGAGUCUACCAUCUGGCUUGGUGCCCUUCUGGAUUGGAUUCCUUCCACAGCAGACCUGAGCCUGUAUUUCCCAGCUGGCAGCUGACUCCCCAUUUGACUUUUGGGGGAUGUGAAGGGAUGUGCUUUGGUACCCGAGUGGCAAUAGUGGAAGGAAGUAAUGAGAAAGGGGCAGGAACCUGCAUGGGUUUAGUCACAUGGUCAGUGGCAGAGUCAAGGCCUGCAUCUAGGUGGAUCUGACAUAAGAGUUGUAAAUAAUGUGCUUUAGUUUUCUCAUUUAUACAGUGGAGAAACCAAUGGUCCUUACUUCACAGUAUGAUCAUGAGGAUUAAGUGAGAUAAUCAUGUAACAAUGUAACACACGGCCUAGAUAGAACAUGGUAAGUGCUUAAUAAUAUCAGCCAUUAUAAUUACUCUUAAUAUGCCAUUUAUCACCAAAGGAAGAAUUACAAUGACGAUAGCAACAAUUUAGCAUUAACGCAAGUAUGAUAAAAUUAGAAUUGUUUCAGUUUUAUUGACAUGUGAGGCCUUUCAUUAGAUACUAAUUUGAAGCUGUGACAUUCCCCUGAUAUGAGUUCAAGUGUCAGCCUGUCUAACUACCUCAAUCCCAGAUGGAGUGGCCAUCCUGCCUGCCCCUCAGAACCUCUCUGUACAAUCAACCAACAUGAAGCAUCUCUUGACGUGGAGCCCAGUGAUGGUGCCUGGAGAAAUAAUAUACUAUUUCGUUGAGUACCAGGGAGAGUACGAGAGCCUGUACAUGAGCCACGUCUGGAUCCCCAGCAGCUGGUGCUCACCCACCAAAGGUCCUGAGUGUGACAUCACUGAUGACAUCACUGCCACUGUGCCGUACAAUCUCCGUGUCAGGGCCACCCAGGGCUCAGAGACCUCAGCCUGGAGCACCCUGAAACCUCCCUUCAAUCGAAAUUCAACCAUCCUUACCCCACCUGGGAUGGAUGUCACCAAGGACGGCUUCCAUCUGGUUAUUAAGCUGGAAGACCUGGGGUCCCAGUUUGAGUUCCUUGUGGCUUACUGGAGGAGGGAGCCUGGUGCCAAGGAACAUGUCAAAGUGGUGAGGAGCAGGGGCAUUCCGGUGCACCUGGAAACCAUGGAACCAGGGGCUGCAUACUGUGUGAAGGUCCAGACAUUCGUGAAGGCCAUCGGGAGACACAGCCCUUUCAGCCAGGCAGAAUGUGUCAAGGUGCAAGGAGAGACCCUCCCCCUGGCGCUGGCCCUGUUUGGGUUUGUUGGCUUCAUGCUGAUCCUCGUGGUUGUGCCCCUUUCCAUCUGGAAAAUGGGCCGGCUGCUCCGGCACUCCUGUUGCCCCGUGGUGGUGCUUCCCGACACCUUGAAAAUAACCAAUUCACCCCAGAAGUUAAUCAGCUGCAGGAGGGAAGAGGUGGAAGCCUGUGUCACUGCCAUGCUGUCUUUGGAGGAACCCUUCAGGACCUGGAUCUAGCAGGCUUUGGAAGGGCCCAGUUGAAACUGAGAAGCUGGUUGGCAUGGCACAGAAAUAAGGAAGGGAAAGGCUGUGGCUCAGUUUUCCUCCAUGGACAAAGGACAAGAAAAGCAAGAAGAGCCUGCUGGGUCCAUGUCUAGAAGCGACUGUCAGAAGCAGAGUGGUUUGGCAGACAGAGCACUGAGUUGGGGUGAGAAGACGUGGCCUCUUAGAACUGGAUCUGUCUGCCACUCACUGAGCGAAUGACCUGGAGAAAGUGACUUGAAAUGGGGGAAUUCACUAUACAACCGUUAAACCACUAUAUAUAUAUAUAUAUAUAUAUAUAUAUGUAUCCAGCACUUGCAGAGCUCUGGGAAACUGGCAACACUGUACAUUGUGAUUGUUUCACCUUCUCUGCAGAAUAUAACAAGAGUGUAACAAGAAUGGUAAAAACUCUUCACACCAGCUGGCUUGGAGAUCCCACUUUCCUAAAGGAAACCUUGAAGAGGAAAGGAAGGAUGGGCACAACAGUGUUGACUUUGCUUCCAGCCAAAUGCCUGUGCGGAGGUGAAUGGCUCAGCCAGCUCUACAAUACAUGACCUAGAGGGAGGCCCCAGGCCCAUGGAAAAUGGGAUGCUGUGGAUUCAUGAGAUACUGUAAAGAGUAAAUAAUGUGUGCACACUAAAGGCAGGUAAAAUGUACGUGUACGAGGAGAGGAGAAUGCAGGAGGAUGUCAAUAAUGUGUGAUGUUUGCUGUGUUCCCUCUACCUGUAGAGUUGUUAAAGUAUAGAAUUAAAAAUAAAAAAGGGUCACCUUGGUAAUCUUUUUGGCUUCUUCCAAAAAAGUGGUCUUUGGGGUUCUAGUUACAUUAUCGACCUUGUGUCCAGAGAGGCUCCUGAAGACCACCGUUGGUCAGGAGUUGUGGGGGUGACCUCAGGUAGGGGAUGGGACAGGGAAGGAGAGCAGGCAGCUUCUGGCUUCAUGAGAACCCUGACUGAUGCAGCCGGCCACAGCUUUACCUGGUCAGGGUGAUCCUGGAUCUUCCUGGAGGCCUUGCUCUACAGGAAAUCCCUUUGGGUACCUCUCCUGCCUAAGACAGCUUCACUCAAGGUGACCUCAGCCCCUUCCAGCAUGUUCAUCCAUGACUCACCUCUGGAAGCCUCUUCCUGCCCUUCUCCCUACCAGGUGAGGAAAAGAGUCAGGGUUAGAGAAGGAAUAAAGAGGGAAGUUUCUUGAGAAGUAAAAGGUUUGAUGGGCAAGACCUGUGCCUCCCUUCUUAGCCCCCACCCCCUCCCAGCUUUGGAGCCUCAGACCUGGUUUGUCUCCAUGCCAAAUUCUUGGGCGCCUUCCAGCCAGCCCAGAGGUGGGGACAAUCUAACUGUUUCAACCAGAUAGCUUCCCCUACAAGAUAGAGGCCUACAACUCCCUCUCCACCCGGUGGGGUCUCAAGUAGCUAGAGGUGGACUCUCCAGAAAGAUGACAUUACAGAAGAUCUUUUCCUUUGUACCAUUUAUAUGCUUCUGUGUUGUUUGACUCUUUCAUGAAGAGUAUGUGUUGAUUUUAUAUUUAGCCUAAAUUGGAGACAUAUUUUCAGUUUGUAAAAAUAAAGGCCAUCUUACUCUACUGGUCAUCACUCUCCUUCCUCCUGCUUCCACCCUGGGGCUGCUGUCCCUCUGUCACCUGUCCAGGACUAGAAUCCAGAAAUCAGUUAAGAUUUCCCUCUGCUUGAGUCCCUCUCACAAUUUGUCCCAGUGCGUAUCCAUUCCUGCUGGCACGUAUAUGUAUAGAGAAAUUUCUCCUGAUUAUUCUGUUGUCUUUCCAGUUCCCAAACAUGCACCCCCUGAGGUUAUUGCAAUCAUGCACUAGACAUUGAGCUAGUCCCCAAUAGGAGAGGGCUUGCCUCCUCUGUAGCUGGUCAUUCCCUCUCCCCUGGAGUUCUUAUAUCCUGACUCCUGAGGCCUCCUCUCCUCCCCUCCAAUCCAUUUACCCCCAUCACCUGGUUCUUUGAACUGUGACACUUUAAGGAGUGAAAAGAGGGGCACCUGGCUGGCUGAGUCAGUAGAGCCUGCGACUCUUGAUCUCUGUGCUGUAAGUUUGAGCCCUGCAUUGGGUAUAGAGAUUACUUAAAAAUAAAAAAAAAUCUUUGGGCCUGCCUGUGUGGCUCAGUGGGUUGAGCAACAGACUUUUGAUUUCAGCUCCAAUCAUGAUCCCAGGGUCAUGGAAUCAAGUGCUGCAUUGGGCUCUGCGCUGAGAGUGGUGGAACUCUCAAUCUCUCUCUCUCUCUUUCUCUCUCUCUCUUUGGGGCCCCUGGGUGGCUCAGUUGGUUAAGCAUCUGACUCUUGAUUUGGGCUCAGUGCAUGAUCUCAUGGUUCAUGAGUUCAAGCCCAUGUCAGGCUCUGUGACGACAGUACAGAGCCUGCUUGAGAUUUUCUCUCCUUCUCUCUACUCUUUCCCACUAUGCAUGCUUGCU